AUGGCAAGCUUUCAUUUGCCCGUACGGGCCUUGUCCAUUCGAAUUGUCUCGCGCUCGUUGUACCGCCGGUCAUUAGGGCCAAUGCAGACUCGGUGCUCAUCGCGAAAGGCCACAGCAGGCAGCAUGACACAAUUACUGGAAAGAGUCCACAGCACCACCAAGGUUUACCUUGACUUUGUGAAGUCCUUGAACCUCCCCGAACCAUCAUAUCAGUAUGGCGAUGAACUCGAUCCCUGCCAGCCACUUCCACAGGAGGUGGCAGAGGCCCGGGAGUCCGCCAUUGAGGCAACCUACGAGCUCCAUCACUUACUCUUAGGUCCACUGGGGCUUCUGUUUAGUUGCCCUGGCGAGCAAUUGUUUCUCCUCAGUCUCCAAUACAUCUACCGCCAUAAGAUCGCCCCUCAAAUUCCCAUUGAAGGCACAAUCACUUUCGAAGAGCUCGCCCAAGUAACGAAUCUCAACAUCAAGGAUCUCACUCGCUUUCUUCGAGUAGCCAUCAGCCGCCAUGUCUUCUACGAGCCUAGAAAAGGUGUCAUCGGCCACACUGCAGCCUCCAAGCUCCUGGUCAACAACCCCAUGAUAGAGGCAUGGCUUCUCAACAUUGCCGAGGAAUACUGGCCCGCAUUCACACGCACAGUGGACGCGACGGAGAAGUGGCCUGGUUCGGAAGAGCCUAACGAAACUGGCUACUCUCUCGCCUUCAACACUAACAUGAACCCCUUCGACGAGAUUUCGAAGGACCCCCGCCGACAAGCCCAAUUCAUAACCGCCAUGCGUUUCUCCCACCUCCACCCAGCUUACCACCUGUCCCAUCUCCUCGAUAAUUACGAUUUUGGUACCGGCGAGGGCACAAUUGUCGACAUCGGUGGCUCCCACGGCGAAGUUAGCACCGAGAUCGCCGCACGAUACCCACAGAUUCGGUGUAUCGUCCAGGAUCUGCCAAAUACAAUCGCAAACUGGACUAUGCGUGUACCUGAGGGCCUCCAGGACCGGGUAACCUGUAUGGCGCAUGACUUCCUGACCCCUCAGCCUAUCCACGGAGCGGACGUUUACCUUCUGCGUUGGAUUCUGCAUGAUUGGUCGGACAAAUAUUGCGUGAAGAUCCUCCGGAAUUUGGUUCCGGCGUUGAAGAAGGGGGCUCGAGUCGUUGUUAAUGACAUUUGUAUUCCAGAGCCGGGGGUGUUGGGGCCUAAGGCUGAUCGAGAUCUGAGGUUUAUGGAUAUCGCUAUGAAGGCGUUCAAUAAUGCUCGAGAAAGAGACGUGGAGACGUGGAGGGAGUUAUUCAAGGAGGCGGAUGAGCGGUUUCGGUUUUUGGGUGUCACUGUGCCUGCUGGGGCGAGGAUGGCCAUCAUUGAGGCUGACUGGAUGGGUCCAUAAGUGAGAAGCAGGUACUUUGCAUCUGGUAUAUGGGUUGGAUAGAAGACGUCAGAA